UUUGACACACCGCUAGGUAGAACUCAAGCGUUGCAGCAGAACAAGGCGAUGUCAGCUCGAUAGAAUAGUUAAUGGGAUGUAAUUGCUGUGUGUUUUCAGAGCGAAACCUGACCAAAAUUCGGUUUAUUUGCAGACGCCGUGUGACAUGCCACUCUAUCCAUUAACAUGGACAAGUAUGAUCAGGUGAAAAAAAUUGGGGAAGGUUCAUUUGGAAAGGCAGUCCUUGUCAAAGCCAAAAAGGAUGGCCACCAAUAUGUCAUCAAGGAGGUCAGCAUAUCCGGGAUGUCAGAUAAAGAGAGACACGAAUCUCGGAAAGAAGUUGCAGUUCUUGCAAACAUGAGUCAUCCAAACAUUGUCCAGUAUAAGGAGUCUUUUGAAGAGGGGGGCUGUUUGUAUAUUGUGAUGGACUACUGUGAGGGUGGAGAUCUCUUUAAGAAAAUUAAUUCUCAGAGAGGAAUGCUUUUCACGGAGGAGCAAAUCCUAGAUUGGUUUGUGCAGAUUUGCUUAGCACUAAAGCACAUCCAUGAUAGAAAAAUCCUUCAUAGGGACAUCAAAUCACAGAACAUAUUUUUGACAAAAGAUGGGACUGUGCAACUUGGGGACUUUGGGAUUGCAAGGGUGCUGAACAGCACGGUAGAACUUGCAAGAACAUGCAUUGGAACCCCUUAUUAUCUUUCACCAGAGAUCUGUGAAAAUAAACCAUACAACAACAAAAGUGAUAUUUGGGCUCUGGGCUGUGUCCUAUAUGAAAUGUGCACCCUGAAGCAUGCUUUUGAGGCGGGAAAUAUGAAGAACCUUGUCCUGAAGAUCAUCCGUGGCUCAUAUCAUCCCGUUUCUCUUCACUACUCCCAAGAACUGCGUUCCCUUUUGGCACAACUUUUUAAACACAACCCGAGAGAAAGACCUUCAGUCCGCGCCAUACUAGACAAACCUUUCCUCUCUUGCAGGAUCCAAAGGUUCCUCACACCAAAGGUUAUUGCUCAGGAAUUCCAUCCUACCUUUAUUCACAAGCAGCAUAAAGUAGGUGUGCAUCAGGGAUCAGUAGCUAAGCAUCCUGCCUCUGGUUCCAUUCCAUCUCCUGCGGCCAAGAUUACCACACCAGCAUGUAAAUAUGGAGUGCCUUUAACUGCGAGGAAGGUGUCAGUAACAAAAAAACAUGCAGACAGGAAGCCUGCUAUUAAACAUAAACCGGCCCUUGCAUCCAUCCACAGAAGAGUAAGUCAAGGGGAAGAAGGGAGACGAAAACAGGAGAUUAUCAAAAAAAGAAGAAUGGAGCUGAUUGAUAAAGAAAAACUGCGAGAGCAGAUAAAUCGUAUUAACCAUGCCAGGGAACAAGGCUGGAAAAAUGACUUGAUGUCAAGUAUUGGAAGCCCAGAGAGGAAGUGUUAUUUAGGUGGUGGAAAGAGAACUGCAGUUUUUGGCCCUUGUCCUGUCCCAAGCUUUACUCCGGUCUCUGUAAUGAGCAGAAAUCCUUAUGAACACGCCCAUUCUGCGCUUGACGAAAUAGCCAAACAACAAUCAAGCGAGGUGGGAAUCAGCAGGGAGGGAUCAGCUGAGCCAGGCACUCUUAUUCGUAAUGUGCCAGCCGCUGCCGGCCCAGUGCUUCCCAAUGGCCCUGCCCCACUCAUAAACCCUGAUGCAGUCAAAAGAGAACUACAGAGAUUGCAGCACAAUUCAAAACAAACCCAUAUGAGCAGGCGAAAGAGUCACAUUCCUGUUGAGCGGGCAUAUCAGGUUGAGGAGUUUUUACAGCGCAAAAGAGAAGCCAUGCUCAACAAAGUCCGAGCCGAAGGACAGUUGGGUAAACAGGGUACUCAGCAAUACGGGGCGGCAAUCUAUGAAGGCCAAGUUGGUUCAGCUUGGUUUACAAGGCCCCAAGUCAACAAAGAGGAGGAGGAAUACUUAACAAGACUCAGACAGAUCCGCUUGCAGAAUUUCAAUGAGCGCCAGCAGAUCAAAGCCAGACUUAGGGGAGAAAAGUAUGAUAGUGAUGGUUCAGACAGUCAGGAGUCAUCUGAGGAGGCUAAACUGAGGAGGAAAAAGAUGGUGGCUUCUAAAGCCCAAGCUAAUGCCCGUGCUGCUUUACUAAAAGAGCAACUUGAAAGGAAGCGAAGAGAGGCUAAUGAAAGAGAAAAGAAAGCAUGGGAUGACCAUAUUGCAGCUCAGGAAGACAGCGUUUGCAUGGCAGCUGUACCACCUACCUCUCAACCUACAAUUGUCAAAACUUCGUCAGCCUUGCCAGAAUCUGAACCCCCGACUCCUGUUAUCUCCAUGACUGUUGCCCUGAAUAAUGUUGGAGCGAAUGCUCCAUUAAAAGAGAAUCUGUCUGGCAUAGUCAGUCAGAGUGAGAAGAAGCAGAUCUUGAACAGGCUUAAUCAGAAUCUAAAAGCCCCGAGCCCUGUGGAUGAAGUGUUGGAGUCGGCACCCACCGCACCCAAAGAGGAGAUCCUUGCUUCCCAACAGAAACUGCUUGAAACAGAGAGCCUUCCUUCCAUAGAAGAACGAAAGAAAUGGGAUCCAGCAGAACUGCCUGUACUUCCUACCUCUCAGCCAACCCUGAAAGAAUUCUGUACUACUGCAUCCAGAGAUCGCCCACCUUCUGGUGGAGACAGGAAGAAAUGGGAUGAGGGACUUCCAUUUGUCUUCUCUGUUGCCCAACAAACUCUCGAGGAAACAUGCAUUCCAACAAUCGAACAAACAGUGGGUGAGGUGGUACAGAUGGGUGUGCUCCAGGGUGAAGGUCAAAGGAAGCUUUGGGGAGUGAUUCCAGACUGUCAGAUACUCAAAGUACUUCAUGAGGCAGAAGUUCAGCCACUCACCCAGCUGUUGGAAACGGUCAGUGUCUGCGAAGAGGCUUCCCCAAGCCCUGAUGAGCCAAACCAGAUUGUCGCAGAGCAUGAAAUGAGUACACCUGAAGAGGACAUGAGCUCAAAGGAUGGCACACCUGCCGUUAUUGAAGUUCAGGUACAGAUGGAAUAUGUUGCUACAACAGAGGUCUCGCACCCAGAAAAUGCAAGUGAAAUAGAAGGACACACAAAGCCAUCUAGUAUUGCAGAGAUCCAGGAUCCAGAGGAUGUUGAAUCAAUGGUAUUGGAGGACGUUCCUAAAGCAUCACACACUUCAAUGGAGCUACAUCACGCAUGGGAGAAGCAAGACCAACCGCCACUGCUGCCAGAGGUCAAUACAAACCAAGGAGCAGCAGCAGGGAAAGAGGGUGUAUCACAGGGAGAAGAGCCCCUGCUUAUGAAGUUGUGCUCUCCAGCUCACAGACGCACAUCUGCUCUUGUCCUAUUCUCGGCGCAGUCUUCGGUGGAUGAGUCCUCUUCUUCUCUUGCAUCCCGCUCACGCUCAGUCUCACCGAUGCGCUCCAAGCAGCACAAUGCUCUCCUGAUUGGGCUCUCAACAGGCCUAUUUGACGCCAACAACCCUAAGAUGCUGCGGACAUGCUCCCUUCCAGACCUUAGUCGGGUUUUCAGCGCAGAGAAGGACUUUGUCAUUACGACUGAAGACAGCAUUGCACCAGACGGCAACCAGGGAAAUGAGGAUCAGGACGAAGGCAAAGAUGAUGACCAGUCAGAUGCGUAUGAGGAUGAAGACCUGCGGGACAUUCGGGCAUCCAUGGAACAACUGCUGCAAGAAGAAAAUGACUUCAUGAGGAACCGCCCACACGAUGGAAGAGGAGACUUUAAUGGAAAUGCUACAGUCGCCGAAGACAAAUACUUUUUCAACAGGAUCAUAGUAGAACUUGAGCAGCAAAAUGAUCAGAUGACUGUAGCUGAUGAUGACGAUGAUGAUGUGCAAGAUGAUGAUGAGGAUGGUGAGGAUGAGGAUGAAGAAUGUUUGAAUGGGAGUCCCGUUGAAGAGGAAGCAGGAGCAUUGCUCAGCAAUGGUGUGAGAGAAGAGACCCACACAAAUAAAAGCCAAUUUAAUGAAGAAUGGCAGUCAGAUAACAGUGAGGAGGACCGGGAAGGAGAGAGUCAUCUUUAUGACAGCAUUUACAGUCGCUUGGAAGAGCAUCGCUUUAACUUGGAGCAGCAGAUGGGCUUCGAAAAAUUCAUUGAAGCCUACAAUAAAAUAAAAGCAAUACGUGAUGCUGAUGAUGAUAAUAUCGAUCUGGGCUCCAGUUUGGCCUUCAGCAUUUUGGGGAAUGAGCACCAGCAUCUGUAUCCAAACAUCCUUCAUCUGGUGAUGGCAGAUGGUGCAUACCAAGAAGGUAAUGAUAAGCGUUUCGAGCAGUGGAGCCACUGGUAGCCCUGACAAUUUGCAUCUGAAGUCUGACAGCAACUUGCCGGGAUGCUCUGCAGCGUACAGGCACACUUGCACAAGAAAGAACUUCAAUAAUCCUUUACAAUGUUGCUUUCAUACUUUGACGAUCAUUUUUCAAAAUGAUCUUAUAACCAGCAUUGGUUUUACUUCAGACUUAUGGAUUACAUGUUCCCGAUAACCAAUGUUUGUCUUUUUCCCCUGGUUGUGUCUUGCGGAUUUCAGUGAUUUGUAAAUAAAACUUUUAACAUUUCAACAUGUUCCAUCUACUGUGACAUGCUCAGGUGCUCUCUUCUAACAUUCAACUCUGGAUUUACCAUAUAAUCCUCAUUGCAAAUUGUCAGCCAGCUCACCUUCAGCUUCAAUGUACCAGGAAUCCAGUGGGUCCCGUUUUUUAAACUUUUGUUUUUGAUCACCACCCCCCCAAAAAAAAAAUGUCAGCUGUGUUCUUUUUAGUAAAUGCAAAUGAGGCUGCCAUAUGGUGUCAAGGUGUAGCAAAAUUGUUGUGUGUAAUGUGUUGAGUUCAGUCAGAUUGAAGUUCAGCGCAGAGACCUUUCUGAGCAUGUAAGCAAUGAUGAUAUGAAACUGAUGUAUGUUCACAAGUGUACAAAAUAAACUUUUGUGAUGAUAAAAA